AUGACUUUUCUCUCUCUCGUUACUCUCUGCUGCGCUGCGUUCGCAAUGGCAACAGCGCAGACUUGGAAGCCUGGCAUCACCGAGGUUGACCUGGUCUUCCCCCGUGCCAACGAGACCUACAAGCCAACCUACCCAUUCCCCAUCGUCAUCUCCAUCCAGAACCCGGCUGCCAUAUGGCAGUUUGGCUUCGCCUUUUACUUCGAUAUUCAACCUGUCAGCCACAUGGACUGCUGUUGGGGCUGGGGCAGUUUCCCCGAGGCUGACGGCGACCUUGAAACCCACGGGACAUACAAUGGGUCUGAUACCAUAACCACCAUCUACGCGACAGACGCAAUCCAGAAGAGCAACGGCACUGCGAAGGAGUGGAUACUAUUCUGGCGGUCUGCUACUCUGUGGAACUGCACCCCCCCAGCCGAGGAUGGCCAGCCUCCGACCUUCUCUAAUUCCUCGCUCGACCGGUUUGGUUCGAUAUACUUCAACAUCAGCGACGAUGGUGAUCUCCCGAUUAUCAAUGCAACUGGCGCGCCAUGCCCCGUCACAGCAUCUACGAUCAAGGUCAAGGAGGCCAUUGAGAACCGCGGAAAUCCCUACCAAACGAAAUUGAAUUACCCUUUUCCCUACUGCCCCUAUUUCGACCCAGAUACCCCCCGCCCAGAAGGGAACCCGUGUGCGGUCAAGGCAUCGGACGAGUUGGCGAGAAACGUUACUAAGAAGAUGUUAGAUACUGCUGCAUGUGUCGGGAAUACUGCCUGGCCAAAUUCGAGCCUUACUGGGCCAUGCAAUGAUCGAUACUACAGGGGGUCCUCAGACGCCCCAGUGGUGAUGGCUAGAUGCAGCACAAUGGCCCUGGCUGCUUUCCUUCUUUUUGUCGCCACGUGGGAGCUGUGA